AUGGACGGCUCCAUCUCUUCAGCGGAAGUUCGUGCUCGUCGGCGUAAACUGCACACAGAAGCUGAACAGAGGAGGCGCGAUGCAAUCAAGAGGGGCUUCGAUAGCUUGUUGGAACUGAUUCCUCCAGUUAAGUCUGGCACGGGAAAUUCAGUUUUUAGAAUGAGCAAGGCUACCAUCUUAAAUAGAUCAAUAUCAAUGAUUUUAAAAGCUUCGAAACUUCAAACUCAAAAGGAGUUGGAAAUCGAAACACUGAGAAAGAAGGUCCAGGCACUUCAGAUUCUCAAAGCAAGCUACGAACGGAUGUCAAGUACGUGUUCGUAUGCCACGGAGGCACAAGGCUCGGUUAUCACUGAGCAGUUUAAGUUACAGCUUUUCCAAAUGUUUAUGGAAAACCUUUUUCAAUCAUUUGAUUCUUUUGUCUCCCAAUCCGCUCUUCCGGAACUCUCGGAACAAAUUAUCACUUGGCUUGAAAGCAUUUGUAAGCCUGAGUUUUUGCAUCGAACUAUGGAGCAUUUACUUGAAUCAGCAUUGCAUGAUGGCUAUGCCUUAACUAAUCACCAACAACAACAACAACCUAGUCCGAUGUUUGAACUUCCUCACGAGCCAGAUCCUUCACGUCAAUCCAUUCAGCCGCAAGAACGAAUUCUGAACACAUAUCGUCGUCAGUCUCUUGAACUAUCUGGUAGCCGAGAGACAGUCCACGAGCCCUCGUUCCCCGUAUCGGACACUCUUCAUCAAGAACAGGGAACGAUGUAUGCCGACGAAAGAUAUCACCAGCAGAGCUGUCAGCACAUGUUCAACAAUGUGUACGACCCACGCACCGUCUUCUCAGAAACUGAGCAAAACUUCGCGCGGCCUGUGCCACCCCCACCACCUUCCCUAUUUCCGACGCGUCAGUAUCAAUCUUCGGAGGACUCCAUCAACUCUGCCCCAGGUGCCAGUCUUUCGGACAAAUACCCUGCUGCUCAGCACCAUUCCUCACCGACCUCAUCAGUCUUUCAGCGAGCUCCAUCAAGUGGAACUAGUCGGAGUCUGGUAGUUAACAGCACCUUGCCAGCGCCCCAGUUCACACCGGUGCCAAAUUUUGUGGCGUCAGAAGCUGGUUUCUCCAGACCCCUUCCACCACCACCACCACCACCGCCACCACCACUCAAUUAUGGCGGACGGCUCCCACAGCACAACAGACCGUAUACCAAGAAGAGUCCAUUCUGA